UGUUUUGCUAUAAAAAACAAUAACAUUUUCAUGAUUUGAAAUCGACGGAUCACUAAUUUACAAAUAUACACAUACACAUGAACACACACGCACACAUGAAAAUAUGCUCAUUGGCAAAUUUACCCACUGACGGUAUUUAUGGAUUCAUUAAUGACACUAACAUAACCUCGAAAAGAGAGACCAUCGAAAAAAAUAAAAACCAAUAAACUACCCAUUCUGGAAAAAAUGGGCGACAGUGAAUAAAUUUUUCUUUAUGUUGCAUCGAUAUAUUUUAGUUUAUGUCUGACUGUGAAUGAGUAAACAAUUCAAAAAAUUAACCGACUGACAAAAGAAAAAAAAAUAUCAGAACCAUUGGGCUGAGAAGAAGAAAAACAAAAACGUUCGGAUCAUUGUUGUGAAAGAAUAAUAAACAACUAAAUUUAAGGCUCAUCGAAAAAUGACAGACGCAGAUAUAGCUGAACUGGAGGCAGCAGCUCGGGUUUUCAUGGAUCCCACAUGUGUGAUUCAGCCGGAGCAACGUCAAAAUGCCGAAAAAAUUAUAUUAAAUUUUCGUAAAACAAAAUCACCAUAUUUGGUGUGCCAGCAAAUUCUCGAAAAAUCAUCCGUGGAUAUGCUGCUAUUCGAAGCGGCUGAUGUGAUAAAACGUGCCCUGAUUAUCGAAUGGGAUGGUAUUCAAGAUCAAGAUCGUCUCGGUUUGAGACAGUAUCUAAUGAAUUAUGUGCUGCAACGCCAUUUGCAACCGUUCAUUCGUGAGAAAAUUUUGCAAGUGAUUGCCAUUAUGAUUAAGCGAAAUAGUGUUACCGAUGCUGGCCUUGAAGCGGGCAAUCUAUUGAAGGAAAUGGAAAAAAUGCUGGCGGUCGGUGAAAUCGAGCAAAAAUUAUUGGUUUGCCGUAUAAUUACGGCCAUUUUACAAGAAUAUCUGAUUACAGUGAAAUCAGAUGAUUCGGGUCUAACGUUUAGCGAACAUUUUAAGGCGAAAAAAGCAUUUGAAGUACGAUAUAUGGUGACAAUUUUUAAAAUGGCAUUGACUGCCAUCGAAGAACUUAUGAAUGUGUUUGAUAUUCAAAAUGCUGGCCACAAUCAUCUGUUGCUCGAACUAUUAAACAUUGAAGAACAGAUUUUAAUGUGGGGCUAUGUAUCACCAUUGCUACCGAAACGAUUGAUUGGCCUGUUUGAAAGUCUCACCAAAACCGAUCAAACACCAUCAUUACGGCUGGGCGUUCAAUGGGCAACGGUUAUUUUAAAUCCAAAAGUUAUCGAUUUAUUCUUUGGCGUUUACUGGAAAGUACGUGAAAUUCCAGAGCUUCAACGAAAAAAUUUAACAUGCAUCGUACAAUUGUCCACAUUGAAUGGGGCCGUUUUUAGAGAUUCUCAAUCCAAACUCGAUUUCAUAACCAAUUAUCUGUCCAAGUUCCUACAAUUCCUCUCUUGCGUUCAAGUCAAAGAAAAUGAAGCUCUCGGUUUCGCCACAAUAUUCCGUAAGGCAUUAUUAUAUCAUCCGCCGAACAAAAAUCUUCCGCCAAAUAUUGUUAGUUCGAUGCUUCAGCAUAUGUUCAAUUUGACUGGCACUUUCUGUGAGGCAAGCGUUCACGAAGAUAGCAAGAGCUCUGAUGACUCAACGUACAAUGAGGCAUUGGAAAAGAUUCUCGAGGCGUGGUUACUUAUUUUACAAGGAAAAGAGCAUUUUCCACGUGAAGUGAUUCAUGAAUAUUCGUUGCAAAUUUUCAACAAAUACGUACAGUGUCAUUUAAGUGCACCAGAAGGCUUACGAACCAAUUCUGAAUUUGAUGAGGAUGAUGAGUGUGAUCGUGAAAAGUACAAAGAACAAUUGAUAAUCGUUGGUAAUUUGGCACGGGAAAGUCCGGGUCAUUCGCUCACCAUUCUCAGUAAAUUGAUUGAAGAGAGAACACGUCAACUGCAAGCUCAAUUUCAAGCUAUGUACACCAAUGGCAAUCAAUUGAAUAUGUCCAUUGAAAAAGCAAUGGAAAUCUUAUUCGAAGAUAUUCAUUGGCUAAUAUUGGUCGCUGGUCAUGUUGUUGCAAUGGAAAGUUCGGGCGAACAACCAAUGAUACCAUCCGAAAUAAUGCAAUACAGUGUUGAUCAAUUGGCAAACGGUACCGUCGACGUAACAACAACAUUGAAAGUAUUGGCUGCGCCAAAUCAAUGUAUUACACAAACACCGAAUGCUGAAAAUGUAUGCGAUCCAUUGAUUCGCCUAAUAUCGUCUGUAUUUCGAUUAUGUGACAUUGAAAACAAUGCAAUCGAAUACAAAAUGGGUGACUUUCUUAGUCCAGAAGUAACCAGUGAUAUCAUGUGGUUUUUAAAUCAAUGGUCGGAAGCAUAUCUAUUUAUGUUGACCGAAUAUUAUCCAAAUUUAAGCGAAACAUUACAAACAUCAUUCGGGUUGGACACACCCGGUGGCAAUUGGACACUAAAUUUUAUUCUCAACAAAAUUUGCAUCAACGUUCGAAGUUUUGCCACUGAAGAAACCAUUGUCAAAGAUUCCGUUGGUUUAUUCGUAUCUCUGGUGAAGCGAAAGCAUAAGUGUCCAGCCGUUUUUAAUUCGGAACCAUUCAAACAAAUUGUACAGUUGAAAAAUCUUCCAUUGCAAAAUUCCGAACUGAUCAAAGGCCUUGUCAUAACCGCUGCAUGUGUUACCGAGAAAGAAAUGCAAAAACAAUAUUUGAGUGAAAUUUUAAUGCCGAUCACUGAAAGCUUCAAUAAACUCGAAUGGCAACAGGCAAUGGAUAACAAUCAUCAAAUUGGUAAAACGCAAAUUUCAAUGAACGUCGUUGCCUUGUUGGAAAAUAUCCGUUCAUCAAAUAAUGGUGCAAGUGCAUCAUGUGCGCAAACUGUAUACGAAAUUUUUGAACCGAUUUUAUACCAUUUGGCCGAAUUGUUAGAUCUCUUCCAUAAUUAUAAUUAUGUUGUUGUUGAAAUAUUCCAAGUUUUAUGCAGUGUCGUUCAAAAUCUAUCAUUUUUACAAUCGCACAAGGUAUACGAAAUGUGUAUGUCAUGCAUUCGGAACUAUGUGAAACACAACAAUCGUGUUACAUCGGAAGUGACUGCCGAAGAUGAAAGUAUGGAAGAUUUAAUGUUGUUGCUGAAUUUGCUCAAUGCCUUGUUGUCGAAAAACUAUUUUGAUGUUGGAAACGAAGAUGAACAGGAGCAAGCAACCGAAGUGUGUAUUCUUGGUUUACAAUAUAUAAUACCAAUGAUAACACUUGAUAUGCUCAAACAUCCAACGUUAUGCUGUAAAUACUAUAAAACAAUCACAUUUUUUGUGGAAACAAAAUCUCAAAAAGUAUGCGCCUUACAACCAGAACUGUUAAAUUCAAUGUUACAAUCGGUUGAAUUGGGUUUGCGGUCGUUUGGUCUGGAGGUUCAAUCGAUUUGCUUUGAAUUUUUGCACAUCAUUGCCGAUACCGUCCGUUUUGAUCAGAAUUCACCGCAAUCAUACCUGUAUAAUUCAUUAAUGCCAUUCAUGCGAAUGGUACUAGAGAUGAUUAUCAAUCAAGAGGUUGGCACCGAUAACAAAACUGAAUGUGCCAAUGCCCUAUUUGCGUUGAUUUUUUGUUAUCACACUCACUACGGUGCUAUCGUACAAAAUCUACUGCAAUCGGUCCAAGACGUUGGAAACGCCGAACGCCUAUCAAAAGAAUUGGCCUCAUUGACAGCCAAUUGGGACUUGACCCGUAGCAUUGAUCGAAUGGUACAAAAUCAAUUUGCCGAUCGCUAUGAAAAAUUUAUUGUAAAUAUAUCUUUUAUGUACAAUUAAUAUGGGUACGUUUUUUUUAGUAAAACGUACAUUUAUUUGUUAAUUUUUUUUCCUGGACUAUUAUUAUUACUAUAGAAAUAUUCAUGACGUUCGCGAAUAUCGAACACAGAUUUGACAGUCGACACAUUUCGUGUUUUUUUUUCCGUUUUUUUUUUUCUACAUAGAAAUUAUGAUGUAAACUUACAUUUUUUUCACCUUUUCGUCAUAAUUAAUGAUACACAUUUAGCUUAUCAUUAUAAAAUUGUACAAAGCAAAUAAAAAAUUUAAAAAAAAGAGACGAAUGAACCGAAUGUAACAAAAGUUAAAAACUGAUUUAUCUAAUUUACUCGAAAGUCAAAUUUUGUAUUACCGAAUAAGAUCUAUAUUGCAUAAAGAAAAAAAGAUAUGCUUUCAAUUCGAAUAACAUUGACAUAUUCUUUUGAUAUUUGUUUCACGUUCUUAUUCUUAUUAUGUUAUUUUUCAAAUAUUUUAAUGGCAACUAUUUCAUCGACAAUUUCUUUUCGCAAA